UAUGGGUUCAUCAUCAUAGACGAAGUUAGACUCUUUGCUGGUAACAAAAAGGUAGCACCUUCAGAUCUCCGGCGGGCGAGGAAGAAACAAAAUCAAUAUCUUGAACUGUUGUGACGCCCAUGGAUGAAAUGGAUUCUCUAUUCGAAGGAAUGGUAAUGUUCAAUCCUUCUCAAUUACUAGAUGAUAACAAAAGUGGCGACGCCAAUGAUCUGCACCACCAAUCUCAGCCGAUUCUCGAUUCUCCCAAGCAUUCGAUUGAAUCUGAUCACCGCCAAGAGGAAGAUAAUGGUUCUCAACCGCUCGAUGAGAAUCUAUUCUCCGAUCUGACGCUUAUUACACCUAUUGAAGAUGAACCACGGUUAAGCUCAAGUUCACAAUUAGACGAUUCUUCCAUCCAAACUCCAUCGGAUACAUCUGGUAACGAAGUUAUAUCACCAUCUCCAUCGUUAACAUCAGUUUCCCGGCAGUUAUCUAUCAGAAAGAAGAAGAGAGCUGGAUUGAGGAUUGGAUAUGGUAGAGACACUCCAAGUUAUCAACAUCAACCUUCAUCUCCUCCUCGCCCAUCUAUCUCCGAAGUUGAAUCAACAGAUUCUCCUGAUCAACAAGAAAUAGCGUCUCUUCCUACUCCUACAGAUGAGCCUAAUUCCGAACCUGUUGAAUCCAUAGUUUCUAGACUUGAUGAUAAUGGAGAUGAUGCCUUGCAAGCUGAAGUUCUUGUCUCUAGCCCUAGUCAAAGCCAAUGUGAUCCAAUUGAGACUAGAUUUGAACAGAUAAAGGCGCAUGUAGCUGAAAAGCUUGGAAUUGUUACUGAACUAGUCGCUUCUGUUUCUACUGAGCGGAAAUCAUCUUCCAGAAGGAGAAGAAAAGCUGCUGAGAGUUUGAGUAUUGCUUUUGUCAGGCACAGAGAACUUGAGAUGAAGCUGGAUAAAGCUUGUGAAGACGAAGAUUUCGAGACUGCUGAGAGGGUUAGUGAGGAACUUGCAUCUGUAGAAACGGAGAAGGAAAGUUUAUCGGCUGCCCUUGGACUAGCUGAGGCUGAUUGUGAUGCUGUUGAUGAUAAGAUGCAGAAAGCUCUGGAGUUUCAAAUUGAAGUUGAGGAGGAAUGUGCAUCUUUGAUGAAGAGUUUUGCCACGGACACAACAAAUGAUGCAGAUGAAAUCAUAAAAUCAGGAGAAGUUGCAUCCACAAGUAAAAUAAACAAAUGGCUUUCGUUUGUUGAAGACUUGGAGGUGAAAAAGAUGGAACUGGAAAUUGAAUCUGAUAUAAUAAACCAGGCAAGGCUGACAUUGAAUGACACCAUUGAUGAUUCAGUUGGGGAUGACAAGAGAGAAAGCGAAGUUCUUUACAAGAGAAAGGAAAUACUGACAGAGGAAUUGGAAAAUCUACUUGCAUUAGUUAAAGCAAAGCAGGGAGAAAUUGCAGAAAAUGAUGAUAACAUUGAACGAGUUGAGAAAAGGAUUUCCAAUGUUGUUUCUGGAUUUGAUGAGAUGCAAACAAGCCUAACUACCAAAUUUAACAACCUUCAAUCGGGUCUUUCUCAAUUGGAAACUCAGAAUGAGGUUUUAUUGAGUAUGAAGAAUGAGAUGAAUGACUUAUCAUCUCAGGAAAGGGAAAGAGGGGAGAAACUUCAGAAACUGGCGAAGAUCUCUGGAGAUGAAGCGGCUUCCUAUCAAGAACUUGUGAAGCUUAGGAAGACUCUAAUGCUGUUGAUCUUGAAGUCAAGAGAAGACAAAGUGAGACUUGCUAAAACCGAGGAGAAACUAAACAUGGAUGUUCGAAUGCUCAGACAGGAAAUAUUGGCUGCCAGAGCUACUCUUCAGGAGCUAUCUUCAACAAAAUCAACUAUCCAGCAAGAUAUAGAAUCCAUGAAACACAGACUUAUAUUCAUAGAAAAAAGAGUUCCCGAGCUGGAAGCAGAAAAGAAAGUUGCAGCCACAGCUAGAAACUUCAAAGAAGCAGCAAGAAUCGCCAAUGAAUCAAGAACACUCAGUAUCGAUAAAGAAAGCCUACAAGUCAAACUGGAAGAAGCCGAGCUGAAGCUCGUAAAGAUCGAGGAAGAUAUUUCAAUUAAUCUCAACACUCUGCAAGAAACAGAGAACCAUAUAUUGUCCAAGGAAAACGAAACCGCAUUAACUAGAUUCCAAAGGCUUUUGCUAAUUGCAGGCUCUGCCAAAUCUGAAAGAUCAGCUGUUCUUGCAUUUGGGGAUACUGAAGAAGCUGAGAUUCUGCUUUUAGAGGCAGAAACUGCGGAAUCUGAAGCUAGGAAGUUACAGGAAGUUCAUAAAUUUAAAGAAGAUGAAUAUGUCGAUUUUCUUCCAGAGAAGUAUAUAUCGAUGGAACUCGUUUCGAAUCUUAGUGGUGAGCAGCUUGCGGAAUUCGCAGCUUCUGCCCAUGUAUCCACUUAAACAGGUAAAUUAUUUGUUUUGUGAUUUAGUUUUUUCUUCGGUUUUGUGGUUUUUUUAGGGGGAAGAGUUUCGGAAACAAUGUCAAUUCUCAUUUAUUGCGGUUUUUCUUGUACUAGAGUUUGAUUAUGAGCCUACAUUAGAAUUGGCAUUUGAUACUGAAUAAUCAACAUACCUGUUAAGAGGUCUUUUGUUUUAAUUUAUUAAAUGAUUGAGUAUGAGAAUAAGUUA